AUGCCUCUGAACCUUGGGAAGCUUAUCAAAUGGAAAGAGGAAGCAUUAAAAAACCAAAUCAAGAAGUAUCAGGAGAAGAUUGGAUCAAUCCUGUAUACUGCUAUCAUGAUAAGACUAGAUAUAGCUUUUGCAUAUACUCUUCUCUCCAGAUUUUUAACAAAUCUAGAGCCAAAGUACCUGGAAUAA